AUGAUCACCCACUUCAAACCAACCCUGACCAAGAGCCUGCCCUCGCUGGCAAUGCCAACAUUACACACGGCACUCGCACCUCUUCUCCCGUCAGAACAGCACUCUUUUCUUUCAGUUCGUGUGGACGGCGUGUUCAAUCAGGUGGCUUUCCGAGUCAUGCCGGCGCCGCACAGAGACAGGCAGUCGCCGUCCGACUUGUCGACACGCCAGCAACUCCAAUCUGUCCACAAUGUUCCAGGCCUUGUGUUUGGAUUCUGGUCACCUGGCUGUAGCAAUAGCUCCAAUGUUGCAGGAUUUCAUUUGCAUUUCAUCUCUGACGAUCGCACCGCCGGAGGACACGUCACGGGGUUCGACGCCUGGGAUGUGAAGCUCUCCGCUGGAGUUCUGAAGGAGUACGGGGUGGAGUUGCCCCAGGAUGAGGACUUCCUUGAAGUCCCAAUUCGGAAUUAUGAGGAGGAUCAAAACCUUCACUGA